AUGUGGCUGCCCCUGGCCCUGGUCCUUCUCAUCCUCCCAGGCUGCUUCACCCUGCGGGGUCCCAGUGCAGUGAGUGGCUAUGAGGGAGGCUCCUUGACCGUGCAGUGUCAUUACAACUCCGGAUGGGAGACCUACGUCAAGUGGUGGUGUCGAGGCGCUGUUUGGAGUAGCUGCAAAUUCGUUGUUAGAACCACAGGAUCAGAGCAGGAGGUGAAGAAGGACCGUGUGUCCAUCAAGGACAAUCAGAAAAACCGAAUAUUCACCGUGACCAUGGAGCAGCUCAGGGAAGAUGAUGCAGAUGUUUACUGGUGUGGGAUUGAGAAAAGUGGAUCUGACCUUGCAGUCCAGGUUAGAGUGUCAGUUGUCCCAGGUGAGGACGUUCCAGCUGCACCCCAGAAGAGAGGCAGGGGCUACUGGUAUUAUGAAAUCAGAAAUAGUGUGGUGGUCAUAUGCACCCCCCCCAGCCCCACCCCCCGCCUCACACCCUGUCAGUUCCUGUCUGGGUCUCCUGUCUCAUGCACACACUUCCACGUGUGCAAGAAGAGGAACCCUCUGGGGCUGAAAGACACGCCUGAGCUCCUGGCCACAACCAAGAAGACAGACCCCAGGAGAGGAGUCUGCCGGACACUGAGCAGGCCCCGGACGUGA